UGCGCAGUGCGAGAGGGAGUCUCCAGUCACUCUUUCCAUGUUCACGGGCUGGCGAGAGAUAUGGCGGAAGAGAUGCUCAGACACAGUCUCCGAGUCAGUGUGGGAAUCAGGGCUACUCGCGCCUGCUGCUUUCCAAGGAAGGUAAUGUGCUAAAAGUAAAGAUCCAUAAGCAUUCAACAGCGAUUGACAACAGUACACAGGCACCAGCAUGAUUAAAAUGAUUUCUCCUGAAGGGAAUGUAUAAAUUAAAAAAUACUGUGCUUGAGUGGUACAUUUCAUAAAAGAAGAUGGCUUAUGUUAGUCCAAAGGAAAUUGCACUAAUUGUUGGAGUAGUUGCGGCAUGUUAUUGGAACAGUCUCUUUUGUGGCUUUGUCUUUGACGAUGUAUCAGCCAUUUUGGACAACAAAGACUUGCAUCCUUCUACCCCUUUAAAAAAUCUUUUUCUGAAUGAUUUCUGGGGCACUCCUAUGUCUGAGGAGAGAAGUCAUAAGUCCUAUCGGCCGCUCACAGUCCUCACAUUCCGAUUGAACUAUUUGUUUAGUGAACUGAAUGCUGUUUCUUAUCACUUCCUGAAUGUCAUAUUCCAUGCCAUUGUUUGCAUAGUUUUCCUCAAGGUCUGUAAGCUGUUCUUGGACAAUAGGAGCAGUUUGGUUGCAUCUUUAUUAUUUGCUGUACAUCCAAUACAUACGGAAGCAGUAACUGGUGUGGUAGGCAGAGCUGAGCUUCUCUCUUCUAUUUUCUUUCUUGCUGCGUUUUUGUCAUAUACCAGAUCUCGUGGGCCAGAAAACACUAUAGUGUGGACUCCUAUUGCACUGACUGUGUUUCUAGUUGCUGUUGCUACAUUAUGUAAGGAACAAGGAAUAACAGUGGUGGGAAUAUGUUGUGUCUAUGAAGUAUUUAUAGCACAAGGGUAUACCUUGCCCAUUCUUUGGGACACAGUGUUACAGAUUCUACGAGGCAAAGGCAGCAUCCCCUAUUGUAUGCUCCAGAUGCUUUUGAAACUCAUAGUUCUAAUGUUCAGUACACUACUGCUUGUUGUGAUCAGAGUCCAGGUCAUUCAGUCACAGCUGCCAGUGUUUACAAGGUUUGAUAAUCCAGCUGCUGUGAGUCCAUUUCCUACAAGGCAGCUCACUUUCAACUACCUCCUCCCUGUAAAUGCAUGGUUGCUUCUAAAUCCUUCUGAACUGUGUUGCGAUUGGACAAUGGGCACCAUUCCAUUGGUGGAGUCCCUUCUAGAUAUGAGAAAUCUUGCCACCAUGACUUUCUUCUGCUUCUUGGGAACUUUGCUUGUCUUUAGUCUUCGAUAUCCGGGGGAUUCUUCGAAGACUGUUUUGAUGGCACUUUGCUUAAUAGUGUUGCCAUUCAUCCCAGCAUCAAAUCUUUUUUUUCCUGUUGGCUUCGUAGUAGCAGAACGAGUGUUAUAUGUUCCCAGCAUGGGAUUCUGCAUGCUAGUAGCUCAUGGGUGGAAAAAACUCUCAAACAACAGUGUGCUAAGAAAGCUCUCCUGGAUUUGUCUGUCUCUGGUGUUGUUAAUUCAUGCCCUAAAGACAUUGCACAGGAAUUGGGACUGGGAAUCAGAAUACACAUUGUUUAUGUCUGCUUUGAAGGUAAAUAGAAACAAUGCAAAACUGUGGAAUAAUGUGGGUCAUGCUUUAGAAAAUGAAAAAAACUUUGAAAGAGCAUUGCGUUUCUUCAUACAAGCCACCCAGGUACAGCCAGAUGACAUUGGUGCUCACAUGAACGUAGGAAGAACAUACAAAAAUUUAAAUAGAACCAAGGAAGCAGAAGAAUCUUAUUUGCUGGCAAAGUCAUUGAUGCCACAGAUUAUCCCAGGUAAAAAGUAUGCUGCACGAGUUGCUCCUAACCAUCUGAAUGUUUAUAUAAACCUUGCAAACUUGAUUCGGGCAAAUGACUCUCGCCUUGAAGAAGCAGACCAGUUGUAUCGCCAAGCCAUUAGCAUGAGACCGGAUUUCAAACAGGCGUACAUUAGCAGGGGGGAAUUGCUUUUAAAAAUGAACAAACCUCUUCAAGCUAAGGAAGCUUACCUCAGAGCACUUGAACUGGAUAGGACUAAUGCAGACCUGUGGUAUAACUUGGCAAUUGUUUAUAUUGAACUGAAAGAUCCCACGGAAGCUCUGAAGAAUUUCAACAGGGCAUUAGAACUCAAUCCUAAUCAUAAAUUAGCUCUAUUCAAUUCUGCACUCCUAAUGCAAGAAUCUGGGGAUGCUAGACUUAGGCCUGAAGCUAGGAAGAGGCUUCUAGAUUAUGUAAAAGAAGAACCGCAGGAUGCAAAUGGCUAUUUUAACUUGGGUAUGCUUGCCAUGGAUGACAAAAAGGAUGCUGAGGCAGAAACCUGGAUGAAAAAAGCCAUAAAGCUACAGGCAGGCUUCCGAAGUGCUUUGUUCAAUUUGGCACUGCUUUAUUCACAGACUGCAAAAGAAUUGAAGGCUCUGCCAGUCCUAGAAGAAUUACUGAGAUAUUACCCUGAUCAUGCCAAAGGUUUGAUUCUGAAGGGAGACAUUUUGAUGAACCAAAAGAAAGAUAUACAGGGAGCUAAACAAUGUUUUGAAAAAAUCUUGAAAAUGGAUCCCAACAACGUACAAGGAAAACACAACCUUUGCGUCGUUUAUUUUGAAGAAAAAGACUUGCUAAAAGCUGAGAAAUGUUUAGUUGAGACGUUGGCUUUAGCCCCACAUGAGGAAUAUAUCCAACGACAUUUAAGCAUUGUCCGAAGUAAAAUUGUUUCACUUGGCCCAGGAGAGGUUCCUGUAAUUCCCGCAGAAAAGGCUAGAGCUGUGGAAGGGGAAAAAAUCCCAUUGGAAAACUCAAAAGGGGGGAAAAAUGAACAGAAAAGCACUCGGACUACAAAUAGUAAUCAUAACAAUAAAGGGCAAACAAAGUCCAAGAAAAAUGUGGAGAAAAACACCACAGACAAAGAGACAAAAAAGAAAUCAACAAAAGAAAUUAAAGACAUUGAGAAAAAACGGGUUGCUGCUCUGAAAAGAUUGGAAGAAAUUGAGCGUAUAUUAAAUGGUGACUAAUUUCUUGGAAGACCUUCAAUGUAGGAGGUUGAUGUCUUCUUCCAAGUUUGGGUGCAUAUGUGAGUUCGGUCUGAAAUGACCACUUGGUGCUUGACUUUAGGAAAAAUGUUGAAAACAUAUCAUGAGAAGCAGGAGGUGAAAGCAGAAAACAAAUCAGUCAGGAAAAUCAUGAUUUUUGAUGCAUGGUAAAAGGGAUUGAGCUUUAACAGAUUCACAGGUUUUCCAGCAAUGUAUGCUGUAAUACUGAUACUGCUAUGACCUAUUUCUUGGGAAGCAACUUUUGUGGUACUUCAAAUUCAACCUGGUUAGAAUCAGGCUUCAAAUUCUGAGGAAUCAGGUUUCAAAUUCUAAGGAAUCAGAUUAUACUUAGUUGUCUUUGCUAAGGACUAGAAAAUGCUUGAAGGCAAUUUUUGAAAGGGUACCUCAGGUAUGAUGAUGUAUAGGCUGAUUUUAAGGAGAAAUGCGCUGAUUCAAGUGCUUUAGGAAUGCACAUUUGGGGCUACGGCUAGAAUUAGUCCUACUUAGGUCCUUUGAAAUGAAUGGGAUUUGUUAGUCAUAACUAAAUUAAGUGCCAUUGAUUUUAAUGGGUUGGGUAAAACUAAUGUUAGAUUUAGCCCUUAGUCUAGAUAACUUUUUUCCUGAAUUAGCUCAUUGGGUUAUCACAGAUUUUUCCAUCUAUUCAUUGAACAUCCCAUCUCUAUUCCCCCAUUUCCCUAGAAUUAUGAGUGCUCCUGAAUGUGUUGCGGGUUAACUCGCAAAUACCACACCCUAUUAUGUGUCUGCAUGCAUGCAUUUGAUGCUUUUAAAAAACAACACUUGUCUAUAUAACACUAAAACUGCAAUGAUUCUCUAAAUCUUUUUUGGGGCGAUCUCAUCCCAAAAUAGUGCUGAAUGAAACUCCUUCAGCUAUUAUGUGGUUAAGAUCCUGUGGUGUUAUUACUACAUUUCUGCAACCAGUACGUCAGUUUCCCAUCAGUCACCUACACUGUUGUGAGAAAUUGCUUGAUGCAAAAUGUCUGGGUUUAUUUCUAACCCAUUUUCCAUUGGAACAUGGAUGCUGGAGUCUGUUGUGUUUUUUCCUUCUUUACUUUGUUUUUAAGUUAAGAAAUAGAUGUGAAGCAUUCUUGGGUUUCAAGUUGAUUCCCUGAUACAGUAAAAUAUAAGUCCAUGUGCUCUCUCUCUCUCUCUCUCUCUCUCUCUCUCUCUCUCUCUCUCUCUCUCUCUCUUGCUAUUACUGUAAAUUAUCUUUUAUUUUUGGAGUUUACACAUAUCCUAUUGGAUAUUAUUAACAGUUGUGGGUUCCAGGUAGCUCUAUAGUGAAAAAGGUUUGUUCAGUGGUACAAUACGUGCUUUGCAUUCAGGAAGAUCCUGGAUUCAAUUCUGGCAUCUCCAUGUAUGACUGAAAAGCCCUUUUAGAGCUCCUGUCAAUCAGUGUAAAUGAUAUGGAGCCAGCUGGAACAAUAAUCUGACUCAGCUUCCUGCGGAGUCAGUCAAAACUACCUUUAUAGAACAGAACUGUUAAGUCACUUCAUUCUUCGUGGCUUAAGAAAAACCUGAGGGUUGCUUCAGUUUCUGCAUGGAACGCACUGCCAAUAGGACACUACAUGCAAGCAAACCCUGGAAUUGUUCCUUUCAAAAAACACCACAGUUCUGAAAAUUUCCCACUCCCAGUGUCCAAUGGAGCAGUUGUGUAAUAGAAGCAACUUUCCCAUGUCCUACUUGCAACAUGUGUAGAUCAUCAAAUGUAUGCAAAGACUGCUGAUCACACAGUCUUUACCCAGAUUAUGUUAUUCCCAACAUGCAUAAAGAUUUUGCACUAAUUCAAGUCUAAAAGGUUGACUUCAUUUCCAAACAUGAAAUUAUUUACCUUUUUAAUCACAGAAGUUGUCGGGAAAUGUUAAUUAAGUAUUUAUUCUGUCUACUAAAUUCCAAAUAGUUUAUUUCUACUAAUAUCACUAUUGGAAUUUGUUAAUUUAAUUCCUAAUGAGAAACAUGGAUUGAUAAUUUCUGUGUUUUAUAUAUGUUGCUAUGCAUUUUUGUCCUCUUAAAUAUACUGUUGGAUUGUCUUAAAAACUGCUUUUAAUUUUUUUUAUGACAGCGCUUCCUGAGAACUAAAAAGACAUUUACAUUGGCAGAAAUGUUUAAUAUUGCAUUCUUUUCAUUUUUAACAUAAAAGUGUCUAUGCAUGAUUUGUGCUUUCAUACAAGCUCCAAAACAAUCAGGUUUUUUAUCUUAGUUUUUUUUUAAUCCGCAAAAUGCCAGAACCCCAACAAGAUAAGACAGUUUCUGAGUGCCAAAUAAGGAUUUCAACUAUUAUCAUAUUACAAACUGCUUUUGAAGUGUUUGCAAGUUCAACAAGAAACUUGUGAUAUGCUUUGGCGGAAUGGCUGUGGGAGAAAAAUGAAGUGCAAAAUCCCAGUAGUCAUGUAAAGUUAACCGUGUGAGUCUUCUGGAGUGUGGCCAAAAAACAUCACAAAAACACUUCUUACAUGCUGGUUAAGAAUACAGUUGAUCCUCCAUAUCCAUGAGCGUCUGCAUCCAUGGAUUCAGUAAAACAAGGUUUGGCAAUACUCAACAAAAGCAAACCUUGAUUUUGCCGUGCUCUAAAUAAUUAUGCUGGUGUACAGGCAUACCUUGCUAUUGCCUCCCCCUAUUUCAUAGAUCCUCUAGUUUUCUCUGGCACAUGUUUUAAUUGUUCACCAUUUUAUAUAAGGGAUACCCUUUUAUUACAGUGUUGUAUAUACAGUGUUCCCUCACUUAUCGCAGGGGUUAGGUUCCAGGACCACCCGCAAUAUGUGAAAAUCCGCAAAGUAGGGAUGCUAUAUAUUUAUACAUUAUUUUAGUAGUUAUACACUAUUUUAAGUCUUUAUCAACCAAUCGUGUGUUGAUAAAUUGCCUCCUUUUGCUCUCGUUGCCGCUUGGGCUCAUUUUCUCUCCCUUCUGCUUCUCCUUUCUCCCUUCCUUAGGCUGUAAAUUGUAAUUUUUUUAUAUAAUAUUAUUUUAGAGUUUAUUGAAAAACCACAAAAAAGCGAACCGCAAAGUAGUGAGGGAACACUGUAAUGGGACUUGAGCAUCCAUGUAUUUUGGUAUCUGUGAGGGAUCCAGGAACCAAACCCCGGUGGAUCCAAUGGGCUCACUGUAUCAAGAUUCCAUGGCAAAGUAUCUGAAAACAGGAGAAUAACAUACCCACCCGUUCUGCACACAUGGAAAUAAUAUGUGAAGGGGAGCAAAACAAGCUAAGUUUGCCAGCAAGUACUUUUGUUGUAGCAAAAGGCUUUUUGCUUGUCCUAAUUAAUGCCUGUAUAGCUCCUUUCCAAAACAGGAGAUCUUGCCAAACUGGGACUCUACUCACAUGAAGGCACUGCAUGCUUGCAGAUGAAUGUAUGUAUGAAGCCCUUUCAUGACCAUUGUAGAAUUUCCAUCCUGUAUAGUGGGAAGUUGUGAGCACAAUGUAAAACAACGUACCGAUCUAGAGCAAUUCCUGUCUUCAUAUUUAUAUUUCCUUGGGGGGGAUGUCAUGGAAAACAUUGACUUGUUUAAACUGCCCCUUAAUUUAAAUUACACCAUUACGUAUAUUCAAAAUAGAUUUCUGGUAUAUUUUCUGGAAGUUGCAUUUAACACUAUUUGUAUUCCAUACUAUACAUGAUAAAUCUUCGGCACUAAAAGUGUCUUGUCUUUAAAAUAAUAGUAUUUUCUAGUCUGGUGCUUUCGGGGUAAACUUUUCAUGUCCUGGCUUUCAUUUGGGGCCCCGAUCCAUUUUCAAGAGUUUCAGAUUGGGGCCUCGAAAUUCAGACCAUCAUUUGGGGGGGGGGGGUGUUCCCACCCACUGCCUCCCCUUCUUGCUGUUCUUUGUACCUGCUGGCCACUGCUGUUGCUCCUCUGGAGUAACGCAUUCAGGUGCAAAUGGGCUCUGGGCCUGCCUGCACACCUUGCCAGCUGCCACGUGCCCUGCCACACUCUCUGAGAGUGUGGAGGACGUGUUUGAGGGCUGGCGUGUGUGUGGUGGGGCCUACAAGCAAGCCCGGAGCUCACCUGCAGAUCUCACCAGUCGCCAAACAUGCCCUCCACACUCUCUGAGUGUGUGUGUGUGUGUGUGUGUGUGUGUGUGUGGCGGGGCUUGCAAACAGGCCUGGAGCUUGCCUGCAGCCUAGCCCCAGGCCUGCCUACAUGCAGGCAAGAAGGCAAUUUCAGUUUGAUGUGAAAGCAGAAGGAGGCUUCCUGCUUCGUGCUUCCGGAUAAACUGAAGACACGAAAGAAACAGAAAAUCCGGUAGGAACGAAUUUCAUGCUAAUGUCUAGUAUUUUCUAACUUCUGGGGCUAUGUAGAGUAGCUUGAAAGGACUGGGUAAUUCUUAAGCAUAUUUCUGCGGGCAACUACUGAGUGGAUGACAAGUCACCAUAAUCUGUUUAAUUCUUGUUUAUUAGGAUGGGAACUCGUGUCCUUGCAGGUGGUAUUUGGAGUCCUAAUUAUUUGCUAAUAAGACUUGCAGUCUAGGAGCAUCUGAAGAACUGCACAUUUAUAUUCCCAGAAACCCUAGUCAGCAUGGCAGCUUAUCCAAAAAGUUGCUUUUCCAAGCUCUGGAUUGGAAAGUACAGAGUUCUUUGCAACCACCCAAAUAUAGAAUUAUGGGCUAUGUGUUCCCCGGUAGUUCUUAGCCAAAGCACUUCCCAACUUGGAUAUUAUAUUGUUGGAUCAAAGAGAGCUAACAAAAGAGACAUAGCAAAAGAAAUUCUGUAUCUUGGAUCUACCUUGAAACACAUUGCUUUUGUACUCCUCACUCUUUGGAGAGCUGUGAAGACCAGGGUAGCCUCUUUUUUGUGUUUAUUCAUGUACACAAUAGGGGAGAUCUAGGGAGGAAAGGAUUACAAUUCUAGGAAGAAGCAUAUU